AUGCGGUCGAUUUCUUGCAAUUACCUCGUCCCGGCGAUCCUCCUCAACCCCGCGUUCAUUCUACACCUCAUAAAUGCCCUGAUGUCGCGAUUCGUACUACCUGGGCCGCAUCCCCCGUCUCACUCGCCCAACCCUUUUAUGGAAAUGCUCGGCCCUGCCCCUGGGUCUACACCUUACCUCGAUAUGCAUUCCGAUGACCAACUUUGUUGCUAUGGAUAUACUGCUAUCAUGGUGAUGGUGCAAAUUUUUGCUUUUGGACGAGUUCAGGACAACAGGGUUCGGAAAAGAGGUGCUAAGGCCGCCACGUCGGAGAGAGAGGCGCGUAGGAAGGAAAAGCUAGACAUCCUGCAAGAGGACGGAGUGGAGGCUUCGACGAAAACAAAUGGCGUUAUAAGGCGAAGUGAUGGCGCUACGAAUGGCAAUGGAAAAUGCGACAUUGCUAGGACUUCUACGCUGUCAAAUGGAGGAGUCGAAGCAAGUGACGAUCUAGAAACCGAAGAAAGCAUGACCGAGACGAGUGAGGAAGAAAUGAUGUUAUGA